AGCGAUCGUCACCAGUGCUUAUAUGUGCUGGAUGAAACCGCACAGCACAAAACAAGUUAAGUAUAAGUUCAUCUAUAUUUCAGAUUCGUAUCUAUGUAAUGUUGGACGGUAAACCUAGCAAUAGUCCACAGACAGACCCCUCAACACCAAGAAUCCUCUCCACUUCCCCAUCCUCCUCGGGGUAUCAGAACCCCGCAGAGCAUCGUGAAUAGAACGUGGUCAAGUAUUAAAGGCCAACUACUUGCACAAUAGUUUUAUAUACCCUCCUACCGAGCUACAGGACUCGAGUUGAACACGAGGAAGAUUUCGGGUUAAAAUAUAUCUACAGAACCAAGAUGUCGCCGCCCCUAAUAACACACCUUUACACCGCGGAUCCUUCCGCCCACGUCUUCGACGGGAAGCUAUACAUCUACCCGUCCCAUGACCGUGAGACUGAUAUCCAAUUCAACGAUAAUGGCGAUCAGUAUGACAUGGCCGACUACCACGUCUUCUCGCUCGACUCUCUCGACGCCUACGCAUCAUCCCCUUCUUCCGCGUCUGCAGAGCCACCUAAAGUAACGGACCAUGGUGUCGUGCUACGUACAGAAGACGUCCCAUGGGUUAGUAAACAAUUAUGGGCGCCCGAUGCAGCCCGUCGUAAGGGCAAAUACUACUUGUACUUCCCAGCGCGUGAUAAGAAUUCGGUAUUCCGUAUCGGUGUCGCAAGCGGUAACACCCCUAUUGGUCCUUUUGUCCCGGAGCCAGAACCUAUCCCGGGCAGCUUCAGUAUUGACCCUGCGUCUUUCGUGGACGACGAUGCGGACGAGUCCGCAUAUUUGUACUUCGGCGGCCUAUGGGGCGGACAGCUACAAUGCUAUCAGAAGGGCAACGGACCCGAGCACUUCGACGCAGAAUGGCUCGGGCCAAAAGAGCCUUCAGGGCCAGGGGCUAAGGCUCUGUUCCCCAAAGUAGCGAAACUAGCAGACGACAUGCGAUCAUUCGAGGGACCCGUGCGAGAUGUUGUCAUUCUAGCACCGGAAACCGGCGAGCCAAUUGACGCAGACGACCACGACAGACGGUUUUUCGAGGCUGCGUGGAUGCAUAAACGCGGGGACGUUUACUAUUUUAGUUAUUCGACAGGAGACACGCACUACCUGGCAUACGCGACGGGAUCAAGCCCGCUCGGACCAUUUACAUACGCGGGGCGCCUGCUCGAGCCGGUGCUGGGCUGGACGACGCACCAUUCGGUGGUCGAAUUCCAGGGCCGCUGGUGGCUGUUCCACCACGACUGCGAGCUUAGCAAGGGCGUGAACCAUUUAAGAUCUGUGAAGGUGAAGGAGAUUUUCUAUGACAAGGACGGGAAGAUAGUAGGGGAGAAGCCUGCGGAGUGAGG